AUGUCAUCCAAGCAUACCCCACAGGCAAACAUUGAAGAACCCAGCAACUUCUCAACAGACCCCAAGGCCUCAACACCCUGCACUGAGAAGGCCGAAGAAGAUGUCUCUCCCGCCCCCGAUGGUGGUCUACAAGCCUGGCUCGUCGCGGCAGGUGCAGCCUGCAUCUUCUUCUCCUGUCUCGGCUUCGCCAAUUCCUUCGGCGUCAUGCAAGAAUAUUAUAUGACCCACCAGCUCCGAGGGCACUCUGCAGAUGCUGUUGCAUGGAUUGGUUCGGUCUCAACUUUCAUUCAAUUUGCUGCUGGAGCUUUGAGUGGACCUCUGUUCGAUCGUUAUGCUGCUGUCAUGUAUGUCUUCGCAACAAUGAUGACCAGCCUCUGCACCAAGUAUUGGCAUUUUAUGCUCGCUCAAGGUGUCCUAAUGGGCACUGCAAUGGCUUUUCUACAAAUCCCCGCCUUCGCAGCUCUGUCUCAAUACUUUGACAAGAAGAAAGCUGCUGCUUUUGGACUAGCUGUCUCAGGCUCAUCCAUCGGUGGUAUCGUCUUUCCGAUUGCCCUAUCCAAGAUGUUAAAUGACUCUUCUCUUGGAUUUGGUUGGUCAAUCCGUAUCAUGGGAUUCGUCAUGAUUCCCCUUAUGUCAUUUUCCUGUAUCGCUGUUCGACCUCGAUUGCCGAGUAGAGAGAGUUCCUUUGUCCGGCUUGAUGCUUUCAAGGAUCCUUUGUUUGUCCUUAUUAUUACUUCACUGUUCUUUCUCUUCAUUGGCAUGUUUGCGCCAUUGUUCUUCAUCCCCUCAUAUGCUGUGUCGCGUGGUGUCAAUCCCACCUUGGCCUCCUACUUCCUCGCCAUCACCAACGCUGCAUCAACCUUUGGCCGAGUCAUUCCAGGAAUACUCGCAGACAAGUACGGCCGACUAAACAUCUACUCUAUUGGUGGACUUUGCACCGGCGUUGUCAUCCUCUGCAUGAACGAGACCAAGACAACCGCAGCAUUAGUGGUAUACGCAGCAGCCUUUGGUUUCACUUCAGGAACUAUCAUCUCUGGUGCUUCGGCAGCCUUUGGCCUCGUGGUCAAGGAUCCCCGCGAUAGUGGAGCUUACAUGGGCAUGGGUCUGGCUGUUAGUUCUUUCGCUGCUCUGAUCGGGCCACCAGUCAACGGUGCACUUGUUGAUCGAUAUGGAGGAUUCUUUGAGGUUUCGGUAUUUAGUGGGGUUAUGUGUCUGUUUGGAGGUUGUCUUGCCGUUUGCGCCAAGUUGAAGACUGCUGAAGGAAUAUUGGGUAAAGUCUAA